UGGGUAAUAGUGUAAAUAAAGGAGAAAGCAGGGAGAAAUGUGAAGGAUUGAGUGCAUAGCAUAAUAAACUGUGGAAGCAUAGCGUUGUGUCUGGCCUUUCCUGAUAAGCCCGGUCAUUGUUCGAAUGGGGAACAUCACCUUCACCUUCACCCACAACUACAACCACCCUUCUCCUUCUUCUUCUUCUUCUUCUUCUUCUUCAAGCUCUUUGAACAAACAACUACUUCAUCUUUGUUACUCUUGUUUUUGUUAAACGAGCUCAGGUAGACAGAUCUGUGAGCUGUGGGAGGAAAGGAAAGCGCUUGAAUUGUGAAACUGAAAAGCAUCGAUCAAGAUAGCGGGUUUAUCUUGUUUCUUUUUGUGUCCUUGGUUGAGAGUUUAACACCUGUCACGGAAGCCCACCCAACAUUGUUCAAAGGAGAAAGAAGAGCAAGCUACAAGUACAGGAAGAAGGAGAAGGUAAAAGGGAGGGGUGUGGCUGAGAUCGAAGACGCUUAAAAACAAAGCAGAAAGAGUUAGAUUGAAGGUAUGAUUGUUGUGGCAUGGAGGAGGAGGAUGAGAUCCAACCACAGGCGUGUAAGUUCCCCAGGCUCGCUAAUGGCAGGACCGACCCCACCAACAACGCCAAGAUAGGAGCAGCCUGGCACCAUUCCUCCAGGAUCAUAAGGGUUUCUAGAGCUUCCGGCGGCAAAGAUCGCCAUAGCAAGGUAAUGACCUCUAAGGGCCUCAGAGACAGAAGGGUCAGGCUCUCCGUCACCACCGCCAUUCAGUUUUACGACCUCCAAGACCGAUUGGGCUAUGACCAGCCCAGCAAGGCCGUGGAGUGGCUCAUCAAGUCUGCUCAAGACGCCAUUGCCGAGCUUCCAUCCUUGAACACCACCUUCCCUGAAACCCCGAAGCAACCGAGCGACGAGAAGAGGGGCGGUGCAGGCGCCGACGAUGCGGACAUAGAGAUAGAGGAGCAGCAGAAGCAGAAGCAGAACAGCCAGAAUAUGUCACUUUCGAAGUCGGCUUGUAGCAGCACCUCAGAGACGAGCAAGGGGUCCGGGUUGUCCCUGUCUCGGUCGGAUAUCCGCGUGAAAGCGAGGGAGAGGGCAAGGGAGAGAGCGGCCAAGGAGAAGAAGAAAGACAAGUGCAACAACAAUAACAACAAUCAGCAUCAGAAUAGCCUUCUUCAUCAUCAGCAACAUCAGCAGCAGCAGCAUCACAACAUGAACCCAAUUUCUCCUUCGUUUACUGAGCUGCUCACAGGUGGCAUCACCACUGCGGUUCCAACAACAACUAGUCCUACUUCUGAUGAGCCUGCUGCUGCUCUCUUCCACAAAGCGGCAAGGCAACAACAACAGCAGCAGCAGCAGCAGCAGCAAUGGGGUUCAGCACCCAUGGAUUACUUCAACCAGGUUCUCGUAGGCCCCUCUUCAUCUUCAAGAACCCACCAACACCAACACCAGAUCCAUACCCUAGCUGAGGCCAUAUCCUUUAAUAAUGAUCAGCAGCAGCAGCAGCAGCACCACUACUCCUUCAUCCCUGAUCAGUUCAUGCCAGCUGUGGUUACAUCCUCUCACUCCCAUAACCAUCAUCACAGUGCUGGCGACACUGAUUACAACCUCAACUUCACCAUUUCUCCGGCUUCUGUAUCUGCUGCUUCUGCCUCUGGCCUUGCUGCUUACAACAACAAUAGGGGGACCCUUCAGUCCAAUUCUCCGUCACAUUUCUUGCCUCACCUCCAGAGGUUCUCGCUGCCUAUGGACGGAUCCACUGUUCCUUUCUUCAUUGGAGCUGCCGCACCCACCGCUGCUCCGCCUCCUGCCAUCGACAACCACCAACACCAUCAGUUCUCAUCACCCGCAUUUGAUGGCCGCUUGCACCUCUACUACGGCGAUGGAACCCGCCAUUCCGACCACAAGGGCAAAUCCAAGAACUCAUGACCUUCCGGCCACUACCCUGGACUCGGAAGGUCGAGUACGAGGAGCAAGGCGUGCGUGGCUCAGAGCCUGGCUUCACCAAAAUGGAUGAUGAUGAAUUGAUGAUGAUACAAUGUUGGCAUCAUCAUGUGUUGGGGUUUCUUGUGUUGGAUCAUUUUGAAGUCAUUCAAUUACAUUCAGUAUUCGGAUAUAAUAUAUAUAUAAAUUGGUCUAUGUGUGUAACAUCAUUGUGUGUUUUAAGAAACUUGUUGACUGGAGUUAUUCUUUUGC